AUGGCUAAUAACUCAAAUUUUUUUACUAGAUUUCUCCUUAGUCAAAAUACAGUUGACCUUGAUUCACCAGAACCUUUUUGGUACGGUAGUCACGGUCCUGAUGAGUCUGGUAGCGAGGUUCCUGUUACGUCUCCUGUGCUGUCUGGUAGGGACGUUCGUGCUAAGUCUGCUGUGAAUUCUAAUCCCUCAUCAGUUUCUGAGAGGAGGAAAUGGUCUCCCACAGAGGAUAAAAUCCUUAUUGGUGCUUGGCUUAACACCAGUAAGGACCCUGUGGUGAGCAACGAGCAGAAAGCCGGUGCUUUCUGGUACCGUAUAGUAGAGUACUACAACGCAAGUCCUCUCCUGUCUGGGACAAUACGGAGAGAACUAAUGUCUUGCAAGCAGAGGUGGUCUAGGAUAAACGGCGACGUAGCCAAGUUUGCUGGCUGCUAUGAUGCGGCUCUGAGGGAGCAGAGAAGUGGGCAAAACGAUGAUGAUGUGAUGAAAACGGCGUUAGACAUUUUCUUCAAAAUGGUCGGCUACAAGUUCACCAUGGAUCACUGCUGGAGGGAGCUGAGGCAUGACCAGAAAUGGUGCUCCUCUUAUCCGGCAAAGGACGUUGGAAAGGAGAAGCGCAAACAAGCUGUGGAGGUGGAUACAGAAGAAGAGCAAUUUGUCGAUCCAGAGGUUAGACCACCCGGGGUAAAGGCUGCGAAAGCUGGUUUACGCAUGUGGGAAGGAGUCACGGGUGCAUUUGGUCUGUAG